UCUAAGAAACAAGUCGUUUUUCAGGAUCAACCGUUAUCUUCAAAUGAGGAGACGGCUCUCUACCUCCAGAUUUCGUGAAGAUUAUUGUGUAUCAUCGCCAUGCGCCUCCUGCAAAUUGCUACGGCGGCGCUGCACAAAGGACUGCAUUUUUGCCCCAUAUUUCCCUCCGAAUGACCCUCUCAAGUUCGCCAUUGUUCAUAAGAUCUUUGGCACCAGCAAUGUCAGAAAAAUGUUGCAGAAGAUCUCAGUUGAUCAGAGAGCGAAUACUGUGAAUAGUAUAGUAUAUGAAGCAAAUGCUAGAAUGCGAGAUCCAGUAUAUGGAUGGGUAGGAAUAAUCUCAUUUCUGCAAAAUCAAGUGUUCCAAUUGGAAAUGCAACUAGCAGAAGCACAGGCGGAGAUCUUAAGCUUUCAAAUGCAGCAACCAGUAGCUCCGAUGACAUUCUCGACGACCCGAAUAGAUCAAAGUUACAUGUUUGAAUAUUCAAGUAAGUAAGUUUGAUCACUCAUGAGUACUCAAAGCUCAAGUGAGUAACGAUCGUUCUUUUUACCU